UCAAUAGAAGCGCAAGCGCAAGGCCUAUAAGCGUUGCUAUGCCUCCGAAGUCUUUCUCUUUCUCUGUCAACAGCGAUCAUGGCGGCGACUUCGGCCUUGAUGAAGUUGGACCUUUGCGGGUUCAGCGGAUACAAGAUCUACCCCGGUAAAGGCAAGCGAUAUGCCCGUGUGGACGGAAAGGUCUUCAACUUCCUCAAUCAGAAGUCUGAGCACUCCUUCUUGAUGCGAAGGAACCCCCGUAAGAUAUGCUGGACUGUGCUUUACCGUCGCAAGCACAAGAAGGGAACCAUGGAGGAGGUCGCCAAGAAGCGCACCAAGCGCACGCAGAAGUUCCAGAGAGCCAUCCAGGGUGCAACCUUGGAGUCUAUUAUGGCCAAGAGGAACCAAAAGCCUGAGGUUCGCAAGGCUCAAAGAGAACAGCUCAUCAGGCAGGCCAAGGAAAAGAACAAGUCUAACCAGCAGAAGAAGGCUGCCACCAAGCCCGCACAGGCUGCACGUACCCAAACGGGCAAGAAGGCCGCCAAGGUUGUCAAGACCGCCGCACCCCGUGUUGGUGGCAAGCGAUAAGCCAUCGUCUAUGUUGUCAGGGAGAAUAUACUUUGAAAAGACA